AUGGCGGAUCGUAUCUUCAGAAAGAGAUCCCACCUCACCGGUGAUGAUCUUGAGCUGGCCGAGGUCUUGAAGGCAAUCGCGGCCAAGUUUUCGCACCGCCCCUGGUAUCCUGACGACGAGGAAGCGCAACAGUACCGUCAGUUCGGCAUUCGGAGCCUCCAAAAGUUCUUGCGCGACGUGCCGUCUCAAGGUAGCGAUGAGCUGCGCGAUGCCCUGGCUGCGUUGAAGGCCGAUUUGGUCUCUGACCCCGAUCUGCCGCCCAAGCCCACCCAGUCAAGUACCGCCGUGGCACAGUCAUCGUCUGCCAGAAAACGUACCUUUGCGCAAACUGACGACGGCGAAACCCAAGAGGCACCCCCGUCCAAGCGCGUCAAAGUGAACGAGGAGGCACCCAACUUCACCGUUUACACCAAAGGCGCCUACACCGUCCACGUCUCCGAAGGUGGCACCCCCGCUGUCGAACUCAACCUGAACGGCCCGGCUACUGUCCAGAUCAAGACCUCGGGCACAUCAGCAUCUGGAGGUGAUGCCGCGCCUUCUCGCCCAGAUCCUGCCCCUGCCCCUUUCUUCAAGCCGCAUGUUCUGCGUCGUUGCGGCGCAUACCCAGGAACUUACCAUCAGAUGAGCCCUCAUGAUCCCAGGCCGGCACCGUGCUGCACCUAUCCUUGA